AUGGAACCGAAAUCACUUUUCAUCAUUUUCUUUUACUUCACCAUUACAUUCAACUUGUUUUCAUUCUCUGUUUCAAAUCUUCAAACUUAUAUAAUACAAUUACACCCACAGCCUUUUACUAACUCUUCCUUCGAUCAACAUACUCAAUGGCAUCUAUCGUUUCUUGAACGAGUUCUGGAAUCAGAUGAAAGCCCGUCCACUCGGCUUCUCUACUCUUAUCACUCUGCCAUGGAAGGAUUCUCAGCUAGCCUUUCUGAAUGUGAAUUGAUGACAAUAAAAAGUAUGCCUGAAGUGAUUGCAGUUAGACCCGAACGUCUCCUUCAAAUUCAUACAACUUACUCGUACAAGUUUUUAGGACUUAGUCCAGUGGCUAGGGAAGGUGCUUGGUUACAUACCGGGUUUGGCAGAGGUACAAUUGUUGGCAUCCUUGACACAGGUGUUUGGCCCGAGAGCCCGAGUUUUAGUGAUCAUUUAAUGCCUCCAGUGCCAAAGAAAUGGAAAGGAAUCUGUCAAGAAGGCGAAAAAUUUAAUUCAUUGCUUUGUAAUCGUAAACUUAUUGGUGCUAGAUUUUAUACUAAAGGACAUCGAGCUGCUGCUACCCCAUCGAUGGGAAUUCCUAUGAGGGAGUACAUUUCUGCUCGAGAUGCCCAUGGUCACGGGACUCAUACUUCAUCUACAGCCGCUGGAGCUUCGGUUCCGAUGGCAAACGUGCUGGGAAUGGGAGCUGGUGAAGCUAUAGGAAUGGCACCCGGAGCUCAUGUUGCCAUUUACAAAGUUUGCUGGUUCAGUGGUUGUUACAGUUCUGACAUAGUAGCUGCCAUGGAUGAUGCUAUCAGAGAUGGAGUUGAUGUUCUCUCUCUCUCUUUAGGAGGAUUUCCUAUUCCACUUUUCGAAGAUAGUAUUGCAAUUGGAAGUUUUCGAGCAAUGGAGCACGGUGUUACAGUGAUUUGUGCAGCAGGAAAUAACGGCCCCAUCACAAGUUCGGUGGCAAAUGAAGCUCCGUGGAUCACAACUGUCGGUGCUAGUACUCUUGAUAGGAAAUUUCCCGCUACUUUACGUCUGGGAAAUGGUGAAGUGCUAUAUGGAGAGUCUAUGUAUCCAGGAAAGCGGCAAUUAAACACAAGCAAAGAAGAGCUCGAGCUGGUUUACGUAAGUGGAGCGGAUGAUGGAAGCGAAUUUUGCUUCAAAGGAUCUCUUCCAAGGAGCAAAGUUAGAGGCAAAAUGGUGGUUUGUGAUCGUGGGACAAAUGGAAGGGCAGAAAAAGGUCAGAUUGUGAAAGAAUCCGGUGGAGCUGCAAUGGUUCUAACAAAUACAGUGAUCAAUCUAGAGGAAGAUUCUGUUGACGCCCAUGUUCUACCCGCAACAUUGAUCGGUUACAGAGAGUCUAUUCGCUUAAAAAACUACAUAACAUCCACAAGAAAACCAACAGCUCGAAUUGAAUUUGGAGGAACUGUUAUUGGAAAAUCCAGAGCACCUGCAGUUGCUUUGUUUUCAUCGAGAGGGCCUAGUCUAACUAAUCCUUCAAUACUGAAGCCAGAUCUAAUUGCUCCAGGGGUGAAUAUAAUUGCUGCUUGGCCUCAGAAUCUGGGUCCAACUGGCCUCCCACAAGAUUCUAGAAGAGUUAAUUUCACCGUGUUAUCCGGAACUUCCAUGGCUUGUCCCCAUGUCAGUGGAAUUGCUGCUUUAGUACGUUCUUUCCACCCAACAUGGAGCCCAGCUGCUGUCAAGUCUGCAAUCAUGACAACUACUGAUUACAUUGAUCAUUACGGCAAGCCAAUUAUGGACGGAUCAAAACCGGCAGAAGUCUUGGCAAUGGGAGCUGGACAAGUAAACCCUGAAAGAGCAACCAACCCUGGAUUGGUGUACAACAUAAUGCCAUAUGACUACAUUAUUCAUCUUUGCACUCUUGGUUAUGCAAGAACAGACAUUUUCACCAUUACUCAUAGAAGUGUGAACUGUCAUGAAAUUCUUGCGAAAAACAAAGGGUUCAGCCUCAACUACCCCUCCAUGACCGUCAUCUUCAAGUAUGGAAAGACGAGCAGUAUGAUUAGAAGACGAUUAACUAAUGUUGGUUCCCCUAAUUCUACCUACUCGGUGAUGAUAAAGGCACCUGCAGGAGUGAAGUUAAGAGUCAAACCGCAGCAUCUGACAUUCAACCAUGUAUAUCAAACUUUGAGUUACCGAGUUUGGUUCAUAUCCAAGAAGAGAAGAACAGCUUCUCAGAUGAUCCACGCUCAAGGCUAUCUGAAAUGGGUUCAUGCUCGUAACAGCUAUUACAGUGUUAGGAGUCCAAUUUCUAUAACUUGGGCAUAAAAUUAGAACUGGUUUAGACGGUUAGUAUUAGUAGUAGUUGUAAUGAUGAUGGUUCUUUUGUUACUUUCCGUAGCAAUAGAAAUUCACUUCCAUUAAAAGAAAAAUCAAGUGUAGAUUUUAUCUUCCG